CAGAGCGCGAGAGGCGGCUGCUAGGCUGCGGGGCGCUUUGACUCUCCCUCCACCCAGUUUCUUUGGGCUCCUCUCGUCUGCUCUCUGGACUCCGGUCUCCUCUUGCUGACCUGGCUUGCCAGAGCCCUCUGCUUAUGGCAGCAGCUUCCCGCGUCCCCGGCGCAGCUUUUCCGUGGACGACCCUCUCGCUCCCGGGGCUGAGCCGGGUCACUGGAUGUUGCUGAAACUCUGGAGAUCAUGCACGGGUUUGGCUGCUGCUUCCCCGUCAGGUGCCACUCCCGCCGCCGCCGCCUUUGCUGCCGCCGUCCGCGGGAUGCUCAGUAGCCCGCUGCCUGACCCCCGCGAUCUUGCGUUCUCCCGAAGCCGUUUGCUGCCGCAGAGUUGCGCGAACUAGUCAUGGUGCUGUGGGAGACCCCGCGGCAGUGUAGCAGCUGGACACUUUCCGAGGGCUUUUGCUGGCUGCUGCUGCUGCCGGUGAUGCUGCUGAUCGUAGCCCGCCCGGUGAAGCUCGCGGCUUUCCCUACCUCCUUAAGUGACUGCCAAACGCCCACCGGCUGGAACUGCUCUGGUUAUGAUGACAGAGAAAAUGAUCUCUUCCUCUGUGACACUAACACCUGUAAAUUUGAUGGGGAAUGUUUAAGAAUUGGAGACACUGUGACAUGCGUCUGUCAGUUCAAGUGCAACAAUGACUAUGUGCCUGUGUGUGGUUCCAAUGGGGAGAGCUAUCAGAAUGAGUGUUAUCUGCGGCAGGCCGCGUGCAAACAGCAGAGUGAGAUACUGGUGGUGUCUGAAGGAUCAUGUGCCACAGAUGCAGGAUCAGGAUCUGGAGAUGGAGUCCAUGAAGGCUCAGGAGAAACCAGUCAAAAGGAGACAUCCACCUGUGAUAUCUGCCAGUUUGGUGCAGAAUGUGAUGAAGAUGCUGAGGAUGUCUGGUGUGUGUGCAACAUUGACUGUUCUCAAACCAACUUCAAUCCCCUCUGUGCUUCUGAUGGGAAAUCUUAUGAUAAUGCAUGUCAAAUCAAAGAAGCAUCAUGUCAGAAACAGGAGAAAAUUGAAGUCAUGUCAUUGGGUCGAUGUCAAGAUAACACAACUACAACUAUUAAAUCUGAAGAUGGGCAUUAUGCAAGAACAGAUUAUGCAGAGAAUGCUAACAAAUUAGAAGAAAGUGCCAGAGAACACCACAUCCCUUGCCCAGAACACUACAAUGGCUUCUGCAUGCACGGGAAGUGUGAACAUUCUGUCAAUAUGCAGGAGCCAUCUUGCAGGUGUGAUGCUGGUUAUACUGGGCAACACUGCGAGAAAAAGGAUUACAGUGUACUGUACGUUGUUCCUGGCCCUGUCCGAUUUCAGUACGUCUUAAUCGCAGCUGUGAUUGGAACGAUUCAGAUUGCCGUCAUCUGUGUGGUGGUUCUUUGCAUCACAAGGAAAUGCCCCAGAAGCAACAGAAUUCACAGACAGAAGCAAAAUACAGGGCACUACAGUUCAGACAACACAACAAGAGCAUCCACGAGGUUAAUCUAAAGGGAGCAUGUUGCACAGUGGCUGGACUACCGAAAGCUUGGACUACACAAUACAGUAUUAUAAACAAAAGAGUAAGACAAGAGAUCUACACAUGUUGCCUUGCAUUUGCGGUAAUCUACACCAAUGAA